GACAAUUAGAGGUUGCCUGUUACUGCAUUUCCGGACUGCGAUUACACUUGGUUGCAGUUUGGUGUUGUGUUUUAGCGUGUCAGUAUCCUAGAUACAAGAUUGAUUGAUUUGGGAUAUUAUGGGUCAGCUUUUACAUGGUUUCACGCAGGAAUGAAGGAACGACUCGAUCGAGGACUAGUGAAUCUCAGUUGGCAGAACAGCUUCCCGGACAGCUCUGUUCAACAUCUGCCCAAGAUAAGGUCGGACCAUCGCGCUAUAUUGAUACAUUUAAACCCCCACCAUCCACCGGCAGGGCCGAACCCCUUUAAAUUCUUGGCGGCGUGGUUACUUCAUGACACUUUCAAGGAAAUGACGGAACAAGCUCUGCUACAAGGUACUGACCUUCGAAGCUUGAUUAAAGCCUUCACCAAGGAAGCUCGCCAUUGGAAUAAACACACGUUCCAGCAUAUUAUUAGAAGGAAGGAUAAGCUCCAAGAAAAUAUUGAAAGGCUAGAAUUGGCAGGGGGUGGGGACUCCUCCUCGGCUACCAUGAAGAACUAUAGACAAGAGGUGGAAGAUGUCCUCCUACAAGAAGAAGUUUUAUGGUGCCAGAAAUCUCGUCUAGAUUGAAUUCCGCAAUGUGACAGGAAUACUAAAUAUUUUCACCUUCGUACGAUUCAAGGAAGGAAGAGAAAUAGAAUUACUACGCUGCGAGAUGAAGCAGGCAACUGGAUAGUGGACAACGAACUCCUUCAGAAUAUGGCGAGGGCUUUCUUUCAAUGCUUGUAUACUGACGAAGGUGGCCCUAAUCUGGUUCUCGCCACGGCUUUUCCUCCCUUGCGGCAGAAUAUUGGGGCAGCGUUGCUCAGCCUUUCACUGAGGACGAAAUUCACAAAGCUAUAAUGAGGAUGGGUUCAUUAAAAGCGUCGGGAACGUUGGUUUGAACCCACUGUUUUACUAGAAGUUUUGGCCACUAGUUGGGCCAUGCAUAAUACAAUUUGCUCAGCAUUGUUGGAGCAACCCAGCGUAGUUGAAAGAGGUUAAUGACACUAUUCUUUGCCUAAUCCCCAAGAUCAACCAGUCCACUUUGAUUGAGCAGUUCCGACCUAUUAGUUUGUGCAAUGUAACAUACAAGCUAGUGACAAAUACUUGGCUGAAAGACUGAAGACACUGAUGCCAAAACUUGUUGACGAAACCCAUACGAGCUUCGUCCUAGGUCUCCAUAUUACUGACAAUAUCCGUAUUUUGUAGGAAGUUGUCCAUUCGACGAGGGCUAAAACGAGGUGACGCGGAUGGUUCUCAAGGUGGACCUGGCCAAGGCGUAUGACCGGAUCAGAUGGCCUUUUGUACGAGACACUCUUCAGGCGAUAGGGGCUUUGAUGGAGUUUAUUAACCUUGCCAUGUUGUGAAUUAGGUCAGCCAGCAUGCAUAUUCAAUGGAAUGGGGGGUUUGAUAGAGAGCUUCCUCCCAACUCGGGGUCUUAGGCAGGGAUGCCUGCUCUCACCUUAUCUCUUCACAUUGUGUAUGGAGAGGCUAAGCCAUAUCAUCAAAGUUGUUGUUCAAGAUGGAUCAUGGAGACCUAUCCGGAUCUCAACUACGGGAUCAAAACUCUCUCACUCCUUCUUUGACGAUGAGCCGAUCCUCUUUGGCAAAGCGUCCCUGCAACAAGUUGCCACGAUCACAAGAUGCUUGGAUGAGUUUGGCACCGCAUCGGGACAACAGGUGAGCAAACCAAAGUCUCGAGUAUUCUUUUCUAAGAAUGUAUCGGCAACCAUCGGAGAAAGUAUCUCAAAUGUGCUAAAUAUUCCAAAGACGAAGAAUUUGGGACGAUAUCUUGGCGUACCGGUCAUUCAUGAUAGAGUUUCUAAAGCCACAUUUGUUGAUCUUAUCGAUAGAGUGGAGUCUCGAUUGUCGGGCUGGAAAGUGGCGACUCUCUCCCUUGCAGGUCGGAUCACUCUAGCUCAGUCUGUUCUAGUCUCACUACCAGCUUACACAAUGCAAAUCAGCUUCCUACCAGCAAGUGUUCGGGAAUAUAUAGAUAAGAAAAUCCGAGCUUUUAUUUGUGGAAUCUCAAAGGCAGGGAGGAAAAUUCAUUUGGUGGAUUGGGAUAUGAUAUGCCGGCCGAAAGAAGAAGGUGGUCUGAGGGCUCCGCAAUGCCACACGAACAAACGAGGCGUUAAUGAUUAAGAUAGCAUGGAGACUGCUUACUGAAUCGAAGAGGUUAUGAGCUCGGGUAAUCCAUGCGAAAUACAUGAGAAGAACUGCGAAAGGGUGGCAACCGCGAGUUCAAGGCCACAUGUCGAACCUAUUGAGAGGAGUAAUGCGAGUUAUGCAUCUGCUGUCGGAAGCAAUCAUGUGGAACAUUAAAGACGGGCAAAAAGCAUGUUUUUGGAGUGAUCGUUGGCUCCAAGAUAGCCCAACACUAUGGGAGCUAGCAGUCGACUUACCUGCAGAGGCAAAGUCUAUUACGGUGGCGGAAAUGACACUAAAUGGGGAGUGUAAUACCCAAUAUAUCCAAGCCUUCCUUCCCAAUGACUUUGUGUAGCAAGUGCUACUGCAUCCUGUGCCAUACGAGGUGGGGAAUGAUGUCCCACUGUGGAGAUUUACAUCUAAUGGUCAGUUCUUUCUCAAGACGGCUUACGAGUUGACAGACGAGGAAGAGAGGCCGGACGGUGCACACCCUAUAUGGCAGGCAGUCUGGCGUGCUCCCAUAAUGCAAAGAGUAAGGACAUUCUUUUGGCUUGUGACUCGCCAAAGAGUGCUUACAAAUAGCGAGCGCCAACGCCGACAUCUCACAAUAGAUGCCUAGUGCCCCCCUUUGCGGGACGGAUGAGGAAACAACGCUUCAUGUUAUACGUGAUUGCCCAUUUGCUCGAUCAGUGUGGGCUGAGAUGUUAGCGGAUGAAUCGGAUGAAGAUUUCUUCCAACCGGAGCUCAAUAGGUGGUUGCUACACUACCUCGUAGGGCAUAGCUCGACCGUUGACCCCUCUUGAUUUGCCAUUAUGUGUUAGCAACUAUGGAAGAACAGUAAUAAGUUGGUGUUUAAAAAGAAGCUGAAGCCAACCUCUAGCCUGUACCAACAUGUGGAGUCACUACAACAACAUGUCAAAGAGGCUAUGGCAAAGUCAGUGAAGAUCUUUGGAUCUGGUGGGCAACCCACGAGUUGCUCAUAGCGUGGAAACCGCCCCCGUCGGGGUGGACUUGUCUUAAUGUUGAUGGCUCGGUAAUUGUAGGGAAUGUGGCAGAGGGAGGAUUACUACGGGAGACUGAUGGACGUCUGCUGAAAGUAGGGAUGGCAAUGGGUCAGGUUGGGUCGGGUUGGGUCAAACCCAAACCCAAACCCAUGGGUUUAUCCGCCAAAAAACCCGGGGUAAAACCCGUUGGGUUUGAAAAACUCAAACCCAACCCAACCCGCUGGGUAUCCGCGGGUUCAUGGGUACCCGUGGGUUUUUGUGGUAAACAUUUACAAUAACAAGUUUCUUUCAAAAUAAAAGUUUAACAUCAAUUUUCUCAUACAAAUUAAUCAUACAAAAAACACCAAUCUAGAGCAUACAAGCAAAGCGCAAAUGAUGCAUGUUUCCUUGCCCGAUGCUCAGGCAUUGGCUGAUUUGAUUGGGGUUCAACAACCCCGAAGGGUUAGUAUGAAUUAAAGGUGGAGCGCUCCCACAAAAAAAAAAUUCCAAAGCCAUUCAUACACCAUAUGUGGAAAAAGCUAUGCUUUUAGAGCCGGAGCGAAGGCUAAACCAAAAAAGUUAGUGGUUAACUGUUACAAAAAUCGUUGGUAAACCGUUAUUAGAACCGUUCAUGAUAUAUAACAUAUAAGACUUGUAUAUUACACUAAUUUAAAAAUGAUGUUAUCAUUGAAUAUAAAUAAUUUCAAAUUCAUAUCAUCACCAAUAUAUCUAAUAAAUCAUUCAAAUCAUCUCACAAAAGAAAUCAUAAUUUUUUUAAUUCAAGUUAAAAAUUAUGGGGCCAAUUGGUAGUGGACCACAUAAAAACGGCAACAAGGUUGGAAAAUGAGUAGAAGAAGCAUAUAUAAAAUAAAUAAUCAUGACUAAAUUAUCUUAGUUUAC